GUGUAGAAGAGUACCGUGACGAGCGAAGAUGGCUGCGCCCAGUAGCCCUGGUGGCGGCUGUUGACCUUCUGUUUCUUUCUGUUACCUGGCCCCUGUGGUGGCAGGCCGAGCGGGAAGACCAUGCUGGGCCGAACCCUCCGUGAAGUUUCUACAGCACUGAAACAAGGCCAGAUUACACCAACAGAGCUCUGUCGGAAAUGUCUCUCCCUUAUCCAGAAGACCAAGUUUCUAAAUGCUUAUAUAACUGUAUCAGAAGAGGUGGCCUUAAAGCAAGCUGAAGAAUCAGAGAAAAGAUAUAAGAAAGGUCAAUCACUUGGAGAUUUAGAUGGAAUACCUAUUGCAGUAAAAGACAACUUUAGCACAUCUGGCAUUGAGACAACAUGUGCAUCAAAUAUGUUAAAAGGUUAUAUACCACCUUAUAAUGCUACAGUAGUUCAGAAGUUAUUGGAUCAGGGAGCUCUACUAAUGGGAAAAACAAAUUUAGAUGAGUUUGCUAUGGGAUCUGGAAGCACAGAUGGUGUGUUUGGACCAGUCAAAAACCCCUGGAGUUAUUCAAAACAAUACAGAGAAAAGCAGCAGCAGAAUCCCCAUGGUGAGAGUGAGGAUUCAAAUUGGCUAAUAACUGGAGGAAGCUCAGGCGGGAGCGCAGCUGCCGUAUCUGCGUUCACAUGCUUUGCGGCUUUAGGAUCAGAUACUGGAGGAUCAACCAGAAAUCCUGCUGCCCACUGUGGGCUUGUUGGUUUCAAACCAAGCUAUGGCUUAGUAUCUCGUCACGGUCUUAUUCCUCUGGUGAAUUCGAUGGAUGUGCCAGGAAUCUUAACCAGAUAUGUGGAUGAUACAGCAAUUGUGUUGGGUAUACUGGCUGGACAUGACCCCAAAGAUUCUACCACAGUACAGGAUCCUGUGAAAUCAUUCGUGCUUCCCAAUUUGAUAGAUGUAAGCAAGCUAUGUAUCGGAAUUCCAAAGGAAUAUCUUGUACCAGAAUUAUCAAGUGAAGUACGAUCUCUCUGGUCCAAAGCUGCUGAUCUCUUUGAAUCUGAAGGAGCCAAAGUAAUAGAAGUAUCCCUGCCCCACACCUGUUAUUCAAUUGUCUGCUACCAUAUAUUGUGCACAUCAGAAGUGGCAUCAAAUAUGGCAAGAUUUGAUGGGCUAGAAUAUGGCCACAGAUGUGACAUUAAUGUGUCUACUGAAGCCAUGUAUGCUGCAACCAGAAGAGAAGGGUUCAAUGAUGUAGUUCGAGGAAGAAUUCUCUCAGGAAACUUUUUCUUAUUAAAAGAAAACUAUGAGAAUUAUUUCAUCAAAGCACAGAAGGUGAGGCGCCUCAUUGCCAAUGAUUUUGUGAAUGUUUUUAACUCUGGAGUGGAUGUCUUGCUAACCCCCACCACCCUGCGUGAGGCAGUAUCAUACUUGGAGUUUAUCAAAGAAGACAACAGAACACGAAGUGCCCAGGAUGAUAUUUUUACACAGGCUGUAAACAUGGCAGGAUUACCUGCAGUGAAUGUCCCUAUGGCCCUCUCAAGCCAAGGGUUGCCAAUAGGACUGCAGUUUAUUGGACGUGCAUUUUGUGAUCAGCAGCUUCUUUCAGUCGCUAAAUGGUUUGAAAAACAAGUACAGUUUCCUGUUAUUCAACUUCAGCAGCUCAUGGAUGAUUGUUCAUUAAGCCUUGAAAAUGAAAAGUUAGCUUCUGUUUCUCUGAAACAGUAACAAUAAAUGUAUCAUGCAAAUUAAAA